AUGCCGGGCCGGCUGCUGCGCCCCGCGCUCGGCUGGGGCGGCCUCGGACUCCUCUGCUUGUGGCUGGGCGGCAGCCAGGCGGCUCCGCUGCCGCCCGCGGGGCCAGGAGAAGAGGCAGCUUUUGAAGUUUCCUAUUCUUUGGUGGUUCUUUCUGCCGGUGGCCUCUUAGUUUUGAUACUCCUGCUUGUAAACUGUGUUUCCUGUUGUAAAGAUCAAGAGAUUAACUUCAAGGAAUUUGAAGACAAUUUUGAUGAUGAACUAGACUUCACCCCGCCCGCAGAAGACACCCCAACAAUUCAGUCUCCAGCGGAGGUGUUUACACUCACGGUGCCCAGUGCUUCUCUCCCAGCUCCAUCCCAAUUCCAACUUCCAACAGAAGAUCUGAAAUCUCAGGUGGCUCGUCAGAAUCUCAAUUACAUCCAAGAAAUAGGAAAUGGCUGGUUUGGGAAGGUUCUGCUGGGGGAGGUUUACACCGGCACUAGCGUAACCAGAGUCAUUGUGAAGGAGUUGAAAGCCACUGCAAAUCUCAAGGAACAGGAGCGGUUUUUGAGAUAUGGGGAGCCAUAUUUUAUCCUUCAGCAUCCCAAUGUUCUCCGCUGUACCAGCCAAUACGUGGAAGCCAUUCCUUAUCUGUUGGUAUUUGAAUUUUGUGACCUGGGUGACCUAAAAGCCUAUCUUUGCAACGAGCAAGAUAACAUUAAAGGAGAUUCUCAAAUAAUGCUGCUACAGAGGAUGGCCUGUGAGAUUGUGGCGGGACUUGUCACGAUGCACAAACACAAUUUUGUGCAUGGAGAUUUAGCUUUAAGGAAUUGCUUCCUUACGUCUGAUUUAAACGUAAAAAUCGGAGAUUACGGAAUAGGAUUCAGUAGGUACAAGGAAGAUUAUAUUGAAGCAGACGAAAACAAACUCGUGCCCCUCCGAUGGACAGCUCCAGAACUAGUGACCAGCUUUCAGGAUCGGUUGCUAACAGCCGAACACACGAAAUACAGCAACGUCUGGGCCCUGGGAGUGACACUGUGGGAACUUUUCAGUGGCGCCACAAAGCCUUACUCCGAUCUCUCUGACGAGGAAGUUUUGACGCAAGUCAUCAAAGAGAAACAGACCAAGCUGUCGGAACCGCCGCUUGAGCAGCCCUAUUCUGAUCGAUGGUAUGAAGUUCUGCAGUUCUGCUGGCUGUCUCCGGAAAAGCGCGCCACGGCCGAGGAAGUCCACAAGCUUUUAGUCUAUCUCUGCAUGCAAAGCCGAAGGGAUUCCGUAAUCGAUCCUGAACAGUGGAAUGACCUCAAGCCGAACAUUUCAAACCGAGAGCCUUUGGGGAGCUCUGCCUUCCCGAUCCUGGAUCAUUUCAACGGCAGCCGGUUUGGCCGCGAGAUGGAGGAGGUUCUCACGGUAACCGAAACGAGCCGAGGACUCAACUUUGAGUACAUCUGGGAGGCAGCCAAGCACGACCACUUCGAAUGCAGUCAGUCAAACCCCGUUGAAACCAAGACUUACACAAACAUCUUCUUCCCGGUGGAGGUUUUUGAGAACACACUGACCGAGCAAGGGCCUGGAGCUCAGAUUGAAAGUGGACAGGAAGUUUCCCUGCUGGUGCCUGGAGAACUUCCUGUGUUCAACGCCCGCAAGCCUUCGGUGGGAAGUGAUUAUUACAUCCAGUUGGAAGAAAAGAUUGGAGGCCGCAGUAGCCUCAACUUUGACCACCAGGUGGCUGAAUGGACAACAGAAGUGGACAGUUCUGAAGUCCUGAACGACAAAAAGGGUCACGUUGUGGUCCUAGAACACUUUGCUGCUGAAUCUACCACCGACAGGGAUAUUUUCUGUAAUAAUACAGAUCCCAAGGAAGAGGAUUUGCACAGGGCUGGCCCGGUUGACCCUUCCCCAAAUGGCGGCGUUGACAGAAAUGAACAAUUGGCAAACGGUAGACUUGGUAAACUUGAUUUAGCUGAGAUAAAUGAUAUUCGUCUGGAGCUGCAGGCAAUUUCAUUCUCAGAUCCUGAGGAAUCUACCCGUGGCCUGCCCAAGAAGGAAAGCUCGCCGCUCGCUUCUCAAAAUGAUUACUUGCAGGAAGAUAUUUCACAGGAGUCUGAACUUAGCCAGCUGACUUUAGAGGAGCUAUCUGACAACUUCCUUUUUCUUCAGGAGAGGAAUCUCUUAAAGCAGACAGCGAGGAACGAAAGUGGUGGCGAUCUGGGUAGAGCACAUAAACCAGACCCACCAAAGAUGAACUCUUUGGGAGUUGAAUGUAACAUGAGUGGGAAAGUUCACGACACUAAAAAGGACUUUCUUGGGCAGAUAGGGGCACUUCCUGGUUCCCCUGUGAUAGAUAAGCAGCUCCUGUUCUCCUUUUCUAGCCCUGGGACAAGCCCUCCUAACCGAGUAGUUGGAGAUAACUCUACCCAGAAUCCUGCUGCUUCUUGCAUUGGAAUGAAAGAAGUUUCUGAACCUGGUUCAACCCAGGUCAAAAACCAGACCGAUGGCCUCAGCUCAUGUCCUGGCGUCACACUCAGUGCUCAAGAAAAAAGCGAGGAAAAUAAACAGGAACUUCAACACAGCCCUCGUUCCUGGGAGCUGAGCCAUGAAAUAAACUCUAAGAAAUCAGAAGAAGAUAACGCCGACGAUCUAAAGGGAAGUGGUAGAACGUCUCAAGUUCAAAGGUCUGACAGAGAGGGUCUUCUGCCCACAGAUCGUAUCAGUCACGACAGCCUACUAGAAGACAGUUCCUCGGGGUCAACCCCAAGCCUGGGACAACUGGUCGAUACACCAGACUCGUUUGAGACAUUAGACAUUAACGAAGGUUUAGAAUCCUUUGAGCCAGAGAGCCCUCAGAAAUGUCUGCCCCCCGAUAAACCCGCCGAUAGCGGCUAUGAAACGGAAAAUCUAGAAUCUCCCGAAUGGACGUCACAUCUUCUGGGCAGCAAUUCUAGCGAAUCGGCUUUAUCUAGCGCCGGGGGAGAUCUUUUGCAGGAGAACCCCGUGAUCAUCGUGUCUGCAGAGGUCAAUUCUUACGCCGACCCAACCAAGGUGGAUAAUUUUGAAACAACCCAAACGGUUCUGGAGGGCACCCAUAAUUCAUAUAGAGAUUCGGCCUAUUUUUCCGAUAACGAUUCCGAGGUAGAUAAGAAAUCGGAGGUCACGAAUCCAUCCCAAAAGCCAACAGUAUUAGCCAAGGACCACCUGGAUUCCUUUGAAAUGGAAAAAGCUGGGAAUGUAGAAAAUGCUUUAAGCAGCAAUGAAGUAGCUAAUUAUCAGUUCAUCCAGGACUUGACCUCACCGCGGGAUGUGGAUGGAGAAGAGCACGAGUUUGACGAAAGGAAACAGGAGUGGCUUCGUAAAACCGAGGACACAGCUUCGUUGCCGCAGCUCCCUGACCUAGAACGCAUAGUUGAAGAUGAAAUAUAUGAGGCUUUCCCUAAAAGUGUCUCCUGCACAGGCACCAGUACGGCAGAUUUUUCCCCCGAGGGUGAUCUGAAGCUCAUGCCCACCUUGUACGGUGCUCCAGAAACCUUUGAAACGUCCAUCUUGGGUCAGCUUGAAGGCCAUAAGCUGAAAGAACCAGACAUUGAAGGAAAAUACCUCGGUAAGCUUGACGUGUCUGGGAUGCUGGAUGGCUCCUUAGACGAAGAGGAUGCGGACGAGGAGGAUGGAAACAGUGACGAUUCGGAGGACGAUAUGAAGACCUUCCAUCUCCAGGGGCUGAGCUCGGACAGCGACGAGGAUAUUAUGACGCAUCAAGUGCCGGAGAUCAUUAGCGACGGCGACGAUGGGAAGCAUCUGAGAAGCUUGUUGAAGCCGCCAAAGCAACAGGAGGGGAAUAAUUCUACCGAAGCCUUUCAGAAGAAUGGGAAAAAAGCAGUAACGUUCUUUGAUGAUGUCACUUUAUAUCUUUUUGAUCAGGAAAUGCCAACCAAAGAGCUCGGAAAGCGUAUUGCUGAAUCAAACUCCAAUCACACUCCCGCCCUUGCUGCCAGCUUUGGUUACUUGAAUAAAUUCACCAGUUCGGAAAGCUCUACAGACGAAGAAGGAGGAGGUUUUGAGUGGGACGAUGACUUCCCUUCUCCCGGGCCCUCCGUGAUUUUAAAGGCAGCCAGCACCCUCAUCAGCUCCAAGACGGCCUCUCUUCAGACCUCCAAGUAUCUCUCUCCCCCACCGCCCCCCCGAAGCCCCGAGCAGGACUGGUUCCGCCCUUCCCCUUACUCCAGGUUCUCUAUCUCACCCGCAAACAUCGCCAGCUUCUCGCUCACUCACCUUACAGACUCGGACAUCGAACAGGGAGGGAGCAGUGAAGAUGGAGAGAAAGAUUAAGAGCUGAAGCUUCUGUCUCUCUCGGUCCGUCCUGGCGAUGGUGGGGGAAACACCUCUGCUUUGGACUACGAGCCAUUUAAAAGAUAAAAGCUGCACCUGAAGACCUACAAUUAAGUCCUACAAUCCAAUAACCGAUAAAACGACGGAGAGAUCACGCAGUCAGAAGCGGAAUUUGGAGUGGAUGCAUUUCACGGCGUACUAUUUUUGAAAAGCGGUGCAUUUUGCAUUUCCUCUUUAAAAAAAAAUUUAAUAAUAAUAAUCAAAAAACAGACCUCCCUAUGCUAGCUCUCUCCCAGUACUUGAAAUAUCCUCCAGGGGAUUUGUACCACAGUGACGUUCUGGUUUAUA